UGAUGGCCCUCCGCCAUUUAUAAUUUUCAGUGGAAGACUUCAUGUGGUGUUAAGAAAAGUUUUGCUAAUUUAUCGAAAAGUAUCAAGAAAAAUCAAUAUAUAUUUAACAAUUUUAAUAGAAAAAGGUUUCAGAUAAUCCUUUAAGUGUGUAAAAGUGUUCUUUCACUUCUAUAAAUUCGUGCAUCGUAUAAAGCUACGUUUCAAUAGUCCGCAAAUUUGUUUUCCCAAAGCGGUGUGAAAAAAUUUUCCAAGAAGAAAAAUGAGUGAAUUUGCUGCAUCACAAUCUAAUCUAAAUCAGUCGCAAGCUUUUGCAGCAGCACUACAACGUGCUAAGCAGAUAGCCGCAAAGAUACAGCCAAAUGCCGCACAACCAAGUGGUGGAGGUUCUUCUAGCGCUGGUAUCUCACCUCCAUCCGGCGUUGGUUUUAAGCGUAACCACGAUGACAGUGAUUCUGGUCCGGAAGCCAAACGUUUCACUAGUCCUGGCAACGAUUACAAUAAUUCCAACGGUAGCAGCGUCGGAGGCGGUGGUAGUAAUGCUGGAUCGACGAACAUUUCUCAAGCACUCGCACAAGCCACUGCUGUUGCACAGCGUUUAGCGGCUACAGCUGGUACAACGGUGGAGGAGCAAAUACGCAUUCCAGAAUCGCUGGUAAAUUCAGUAUUGGGACGUGGCAGCACUGAGACAAUUACCCAAAUUCAGGGUGAAUCUGGUUGUAAAGUACAGCUAUCACAGGAUCAAGAUCGAGUCAUUACGUUACGUGGAUCCCGUGAGACUGUUACUAAAGGACGCGAAUUAUUCCAACAAUUGUCUAAUCGUAACGGCGGUGGAAAUAUCGAAGUUGUUUUGACCAUAAAUAUGCCCCCACCAGGGCCUACAGGAUUCCCACCGUACCAAGAAAUUAUGAUACCUGGCACAAAAGUGGGCUUGGUAAUUGGCAAAGGUGGUGAUACCAUAAAACAAUUGCAAGAGAAAACGGGCGCGAAAAUGGUUAUAAUACAAGAUGGACCAAAUCAAGAAAUAAUUAAACCACUUCGUAUCUCUGGAGAUCCCCAAAAAAUCGAACAUGCCAAGCAAGCUGUAUUAGACUUGAUAGCACAGAAAGAUUUACAGGCAGCUGCGCUUGCAGCUCGUAAUAAUGGCGGGAGUGUGCAAGGCGCUGGGGUAGGCGGAAGUGGUGGCUAUAAUUUUGGCAACACUGGCGAACAGUGCGAAGUAUUUGUGCCGAAAAUAGCUGUCGGUGUGGUUAUUGGCAAAGGUGGUGACAUGAUACGCAAAAUACAGACCGAAUGCGGUUGUAAGCUGCAAUUCAUUCAAGGCAAGAAUGAUGAACCCGGCGACAGACGAUGCCUUAUACAAGGCACACGACAACAAGUUGAUGACGCCAAACGUAUGAUUGACGGACUUAUUGAGAAUAUGAUGCAACGACAACAACGCAACGCUAAUAGCAGUAGCAAUGGCAGUAUGGAUGGAAACAAUUCCAAUUACGGUUACGGUUAUGGCGUAAAUCACGCACAACAGCCGCCACGUGAAGAGAUAACAUUUAUGGUACCUUCGUCAAAAUGUGGUAUUGUCAUUGGUCGCGGUGGUGAAACCAUCAAGCUUAUAAAUCAGCAAUCUGGGGCAUAUUGUGAAAUGGAUCGAAAUGCUGUCAAUCCACCGUCUGAGAAGCUCUUCAAAUGCAAAGGCACCUCGGAACAAGUCGAAGCUGCACGCCAAAUGAUUGCCGAAAAGAUUAAUAUGGAGUUGCCAAUUAUUUCGCGCAAACCCAUUAGUGGUAACAUUCCUGGACAACAUAACAACCAAGGUGGUUAUGGACAGAACCCCAUGCAAAAUGACCCCAAUGCCGCCGCUGCUGCUUAUCAACAGCAGUGGGGCGGUUAUGCACAAGGUUGGGGUGAUCAAAAUCAGCAACAACAAAUGAUGAUGGGCGGUGCCGCCAUGGGACAAAAUACGGGAGCAGCUGCUGGUGGCCAAGCUGAUUACUCCGCACAAUGGAUCGAAUAUUACAAAUCAAUGGGCUUAAUGCGCGAAGCUGAAAUGAUAGAACAACAGCUAAAAGCUAAACAAGCUGGUGCGAAUGCUGGUCAACCAAUGGGUGCGGUUGGUAUGCCACAACAACAGCAAGCACAACAGCAGCCCCAACAGCAGUCACAGCAACAACAAGCACAACAAAGCGGAGGUACAGCGGAUUAUAGCGCGCAAUGGGCGGAGUAUUAUCGCAGUAUAGGCAAGAUUGCUGAAGCUGAAGCCAUCGAAAAGCAAAUGAAGCAAGGACAAAAUGGGCAAGCAAAUGCAGCAGGCGGCGCCGUUAACACUAACAAUGCAGCAGGUGUCAAUAGCAAUGCAGGUGGUAGUAGCAACGCAGGCGCCAGCAAUAACCCCGCUGAUGGCAGCAACAAUGCAGCAAUGCAAGGUAUGACACCUAGUCAAUAUGCGCAAUAUUCGCAGUACUAUGCAGCGGCGCAGGCGAGUCAGGCGGCAGGCGGUGCUGCACCCGGCUAUCCACAAGCGGCUUAUGGGGGCUAUGGCGCACCAGGAGGUGGAUAUCCAGGCGCGCCACAACCCAACAUGCAGCCCGGUAAUAUGGGUGGCGGACCAAAUGCCGCCAAUCAGAAUAAACAAAAAGGCGACCAGAAGUAAAUAUUAUGAAUAAGAGUAACGGCGGCAGCAAUGUAGACGUAGCAGAAGUUUGUGUAACGCGUGAAAUGCAAAAUGAUUAAUGAUGUUAAAGCAGUUGAAUGGGAGGUCACAAAUGUCUCAAUUACUACUACUUCUACUACUACUACUACUCCUUACCACUCACAGCAAAAAUUAAAAUAAUAAAAAAAGAAAAUAAAAUGAGUCUGCGAAAAUGUGUUGGCGUGUGCGAGAUGGUUUAAAAAUAAUAUAAUAUAUUAAAUAUAUAUAUUUUUUUAGUUUGUAAGCAUAAUUUAUAGAAACAUCAACAGCAUUAAUACAAAUGAAAAAUUAGAUAAAAAUCAAAGGCGCGACUCUAGAUUAUGUUAAAUUCACAUCAAAUUUGAGUGCAUACAUAAUACACAUAAAAACAUCAUAAAUACCGCAAACUUUGACAUAAAAUAGUAUUGCAACGCUAACCGAAAGCAACCAUCGAGUGUUUUCUAAAAAAACAAAUAAACUAAAAAAUUUCGUGUCGAAGGAAAAAACUAGUAAAAGAAUGCAUUAGUAGUUUUGUUCCGUUAAAAUAAAAAGAAAAGAGUAAAAAAUGUGAACACUCUCUUAGCUAAUGAAAUAUUUGCAAUGUAAGGCUUUAGUGACAAUUAACGCUCGUAAAUUUUCCACAAAACUAAAAACGAACUUUUGAUCUAUAUGGUUAAUGCUUGACAUAACAGUAAAUAGUAGAUAUAAUUAUACUAAGACGUGCAUACAAAAACCAAAAUCCGUAUUAACGGUCUAAUCUUUUAUAAUAACAGCGAAAUCAAAUAAAAAUGUAAAGUUAUAUUCCAAUAUUCUUCCAAAUGCACCAUCAUAACAACAACAGCAACUACAACGAAAUGUGCGUACUCCAUACAUAAUGGAAUGAUUCAUCUGUUAGUAAACAAGAAGCUGGAAUAUGUCUAAAAUAUAGCAACACACACACACACACGUACAAGCAUGCAAAAUGUCAGCCAAACAUAGCAAAUGCAACGAGAACGCGUUUCUCGCCGCCAAUACCGCACUCGACCAUUUAAAAGUGGACGUCACUUUCCAGCGCGUUAAAUAAUUCAUUCCCGUUAAAUUUUAAAUGGAAUCCAAAACGAAACAAAAAAUGUUGUACGAAACAAAAAGUGAACUGUACGUGGUAAGCUUGGAAUUAUUUCAAAUAAGUGCUGAUAAAAACAAACAACAAUGCAUAUAAGAUAUAAACACAUAAAAUUUCUCAUAGUGAAUAUAUGCAUAUUUGCGUUUAUUAUACACAGAAUGAAAAAAAAGAAAACAAAAUAUGCAACGUUCAUACAUACAUAUAUAAAAUAGAAAAUAUUUGUUUUUAAAGAAUUCUUAUUAUUGAUUGCCUAAACAAAUACGUCAUUUACCAUUUUGCAAAUGAAAUAUAAUUAUAUGUCUAUGUAACUUUACUAUCUACAUGCCUAUAUGUAUAUUUAAAACAUGCAAAUUACCAUAUGUGUACAAUAUAUUAUAAGAAAUUCAAUUAUAAUGCCAAUAUAAUUAUUACAUAUACAUUCAUAUGCAUAAAUUGUGCAUAUAUACGUAUAUAUUAAACAAUCUCUUGAUAUACUUAUUUCAAUUAAUUAGCAUUGAAAAUCACAAUGUGGCGGGUUUAUUUACUUGUACAAGUAUGUAAGUGGCAGACGCGAAAUGAAGGAUAACCCAAAUGGCAGAAAAACAAAACGCAAAGAAAAUAAUAAUUGGAGCAGCAGCAACUUAUUCUUGACAAAUUGAUUUAACAAUUUUGGUCGAAUUGCAGACAGACUCUCAGCUUCACGAAGAAAUUUCUUAUUGAUUUUUUUUAAAUUCAUAUAACUUUUUGGUUAUUAUUUAAUUUUCUUUAUCUGAUAUCUACAUAUAUUAUGUACAUAUGUGUGUUUAGGGUAUUAAUCUUGAUUUUAUAUUUACAUAUUUUACCAAAAAUGCGUAUUUACCAAUGUUGAUUUCCUAAUAUUAUUAUUUUUUUCCAAUUUUAUUAUAUAAAUUUAUACUAUAUACAUGUAUGUAUUUUUUAAGCAAUACUGUGGGAACUCUUGCUGUUUUCAUACUCAUCAGAACCCUUUAGUGGCGGCAGUUGGUGCAUAUUUUUGGUUUUGUGUAUGUUCAACUUCAAAUGGCGAAAAAUUUAUUUGAUAAAUAUGAAACAAUGACACUAGUCCGAAUAAUAGGGUGAAUUAAACGGGGUUUUUUUCAAAUGCUAUGAGCAAAUUAAUUGCUUUUAGGGUUGCUGAAACAUAAAACACGUAUUUUGGUUUGCAAAUUGCCUAUUAGUUUCCUUCGCAUAUGACUUUCUGGUCAAAAAUUUUACAAGCUACCAUCAAUGAGACGGCGAUGAUGUUAUAUGUUGUUAUUUCUGGCUUAAAUGCUGCUUAUUAAUAAGUGCGGUCACUAAUGCAUGAGCUGAAUGUUACUACUCCAUUUAUGUCAAUGUAAAAGGACUUCUAUUUCAAGUUUUAUGUAAAACUACUAUAAUCAAAAUUUAAUGUUGCAGUGUAGGCUUUUUUCGACGAUUAAUUCGCAACUGGUGUUUUGAAAACAAGAAUUUAUUGAUAUAUGUACAUAAAUCGGUCAACAUAAAAAUUCCACUUUUAUAAAGAAAUCAUCUGUUGUCCCUCAGCAGUCCUCUGAGCGAAUUUCUAAUCUUAAAAGUUUCUCGUAACAUUCAACCAGACGCUUGAGCGCACAUAGCGUAUUUUCCUAUGUUAUAUAACUUUUGGAAGACAAAAUGGAAGAAGCAGCAGCCCGUUAAAAUUUAAAAAACUGAACAAAAUUUGGGUGGUUAUUUAAACCGCAACUGUACGUUAUUCAAAUUGGUUUUAAAAUUAAAUUUAUAUAAUUUAAAAAUUGCUUAUAUUUACAUAUGCAUAUAUACAUAUAAAACCACAUUUUAAAUAACCCUUCCAGCGACCAUUUAAUAAAAUAUGCCAUAUUUUUCGUGUAACCAAAAAUUUGUAUGCAAUAUUUUUUCUAUGAGAAAGUUAGCUAUAAUAUUUUCUUUAUAUCUUUUUUUAUAUGUACAUAAAUGACCAACCAACUAUGGUUCACUCCCAUGUCCUCCGGUACGUUGAUUGCACACACGCGUCUUCAGGUCGUUCGAUUGGUGAUCGAGCGGUCGCACAAACGUCGUUAAUGCGAAACUAUAUGAGCAAAAAGUAAAAAUAUAUACAUACAUAUAUGUGAGGCAAAGUACGCAAAGUUAAUUACUUGAAAACAGAAAGAAAGAAACACGGUUUAUGCAUACCUUUUCUUGGUAAGAUUCAUUACAUUGCUUAACUGUUUUGAUAAAAACAAAUAUAAUCUAUAUGAAUAUAUUAAAUUUAUUCAUUUUUCAUAUAUCAAGUAUAUGUAAAAUAUAUUUGAACAUAAAAAUUUUGAACACAAUCUAUUUACCUUUACAUACAUGCAUAUAAACAUUUAUAUGUGUAUGAAAAUAAUGUGUUUCGCUAUAUUAUAUUGAACUGAAUUGUUUAUAUAAAACUUUUGCACGCAUUAUAUAUAUGUGUGUGUUUGUGUGUGCGCCCAAGAACUAUUUACCUAACUAAAUACGUACAUAACAUAUUAUGUUUUAAUUACUCUCUACUAUAUUGGUUGAUGUUAUAUUGCAUAAACAUAAAUCUAUUUCCAGUUCUACAGUUUCUUAAAAGAGCUAAGAGUCUACAGCAAACAAUAACUUCUAGUAAACAAGUAGCACUUACCUUCACCCAACUGCCAAAUUACCAAAUUUCCUACCACUACUACUACUACUACCACAAACGUACGUACAAUACAAAAUAGCAGUAAAUAAUUUCCCAAACUAUGGUAAGCUGCUCUACAUGCAAUAUCUCUUUGAAAUUAUUAUCACGUAUGUAUGUACAUAUAUUGCAAUUUGAAGAAAAAAAUAUUUACCUAUUUAAAAUGCUGAUUUCACUAUAUUAUAAAAUAAUUGAUAUAACAUUUUUUAAACCAAAAAUCAUAUUUUAUAUGUUUUUAAAGUGUCCUUUAUUUUUUUUUUUGUGUGAACCUGCAUUUAGUUAUUGCUCAUUUUGUAUAUUAUUAUUGUUUAUAGACCUGGGUAAAAGUGUACAACAGAAUUUAGAUACAAAAACAAAUAUAUUGAUUAGUAAAAAACAUGCGUGAGAGUCCAUUUAAAGUGUUGCAACAUUUUAAAACGACCGUUAAAUAAAAAAAAAAAAAUGUUUAUAAACUUUUUAAAUAAUGGCAAAAAAUACGUAUAUUUAAACAUUUUACUGUUUUUAGAACACAAGCACGAAACAAAUAUUUGUUUCGCUUAAUUAAUUAGAAAACAACAACAACAAUAUAUAUAACUAUCUAACUUUAAGCAUUGUAUGAAAUGGCAAAAACAAUAUCGCACACAUUUAGUGCGGUGUUAUAGCUAAAACAAUAACCACAACAAUUGUUUUUGUCAGCGAAAAAAGUAUAAUAAUAAAAAUAUAUAUAAACACAGUUUAUUGGACACGCAAGCGUGUUCGACAUAGUUUGAAAAAAUAAAAUAAAAUUAAUAAAUAA